UUGAGGACGUGGCAGGGCGCGGAUUGGCUGCAGCCUGACGGAGACAGAGACGCUGCGUGGAAGCGAGGACGUUACAAGCACGGAUCGAUAAGGUGAAGCUGUCACGCACGCGCACAGGAUGAUCUGUCCCGUUCUGAUGUGCUUCCUCCUCUGCGUGGCCUCCGGCAGCAGCAAACCCACAGAGAGGAAGACCCGCGUCCAUCAUGAGGAGCCUCUCAGCCAACUGGAGCACAGCGACGAUAAGAACUUUGACUACGAUCACGAAGCUUUUCUCGGACAAAAUCAAGCCAAAACCUUUGAUCACCUGUCGCCAGAGGAGAGUAAACGGAGACUGAGCAUCAUUGUGGAUAAAAUAGAUGAGAACAAAGACAGUUUUGUCUCUGAGGAGGAGCUGAAGCUUUGGAUCAAAAACGCUCAGAAGAAGCACAUUUAUGAGAGCGUUGAACAUCAGUGGAAUGACUUUGACCUGAACAACGACGGCUCCAUCACCUGGGAGGAGUAUAGAAAUGUGACAUAUGGGAGUUAUCUGGAUGACCCAUUGACGGAUACAGAGUAUAACUACACCCACAUGAUGUGGAGAGACGAGAGACGUUUUCGAGUUGCAGACAGAAAUGGAGAUCUGAUUGCUGAUAAAGAGGAGUUCACAGCUUUUCUUCAUCCGGAGGAUUAUGAACACAUGAAUGACGUCGUUGUUCAGGAAACGAUUGAAGACAUCGACAAGAACGGAGAUGGUUUCAUCGACCUAAAAGAGUAUAUCGGUGAUAUGUACACUGCAGAGAACGAUGAUGAGGAACCAGAGUGGGUCUCAACUGAACGUCAGCAGUUUUCAGAGUUCAGGGACAAAAACAAUGAUGGGAAGAUGGACAAAGAGGAAACUCUGGACUGGAUUCUCCCAGCUGAUUAUGACCAUGCUGAAGCCGAAGCCAAACACCUGCUGUAUGAGUCUGACACCAACAAGGAUGGAAAACUGACCAAGGAGGAAAUCCUCAACAAAUAUGACCUGUUUGUUGGGAGUCAAGUGACAGACUUUGGGGAGGCAUUACUCCGACAUGAUGAGUUCUAGAUGAGGCAGCAGACUUCAGACUUCAGACGACCAGUUCCAGAAAAUACGACUUGCAGAUGACACGAUGGGGUCCAGAGGACACGACGGGAUCAAGACGACCAGUUCCAGAUAAUACGACUUGCAGAAGACACGAUGGGGUCCAGAAGACACGAUGGGGUCCAGAGGACACAACGGGGUCCAGACGACACGAUGGGGUCCAGACGACACGAUGGGGUCCAGAUGACACGACGGGGUCAAGAUGACCAGUUCCAGAUAAUACGACUUGCAGACGACACGAUGGGGUGCAGUUGACACGACAGAGACCAGACCACACGACGGUGUCCAGACCACAUGAUGGGGUCCAGACAACCAGUUCCAGAUAAUACGACUUGCAGACGACAGGACAAUGUCUGGAUCUGUCGUUUACAGACACCAAGUUGUUUGACUUUCAGACCAGAUUUGAUAACACUUGAUUUUUUUUAAACAGUUUUCUUGUUAGUCUCAUUAAUUAAAUCUAGUUUUGUUUCUGG